GUACACACACCUUUAUUGUGCUUCCAAUAUUGGACGGUGUACAUGUACAAGCGGUAUAAAAGUAGCUCUUCUUACAAGUGGGUUGAAAAGUCACGGGAAAUUGAGGGACAUAGUGAUCACUUUCUGGCUAUGAUUUAGCUCUUUGGAGAUUUUAUUUUGCAUUUUGUGUGCAAUUAAAUUAUUUAAAAGAUGCUGGGCACAACAGGUAUGCUGAAAUGUACAGAAAUAUAUACGGGAAUAUGAGAUUCAUCUCUGUAGAAACGGUGACAUUAAUACAGCUGAUACUUUUAUUUGGAUCAGUGUCGUCGGUAUCAAAACUGGCCGAACUGCAAACCACAGUAAAGGAUGAGUACAUUGUAGGGUUAAAGCCUACAUCGAACCCAGCCGGCCUUGUGAAGGAGUUGUCACAGGUUGUCAUAAACAAAGAUGCCAGUGCUGUUAUCACCCACACCUACUUCAUCGGAAUACUAACAGGAUUUGCUUUUAAAGGUAGCGUUAGUGUAUUUGACGAGCUAAAACGUCAUCCCAGCGUUGAUGCAGUCACGCCAAAUGUUGAGUUGACGGUAGAAAGCUCCGCUAACGACUUGGUGAUCGAAAGGGUCGACAAACAGAGUGGACUUCCCUACACGGCAUGGGGUCUAGCACGAAUUUGCUCAACUAAACAGUUGAAAAGAGACAGCGAGUUACGGUACCGGUACGAAGCAAGAGCCGGUGAAGGAACCUACAUUUACAUUAUUGAUACUGUCGUUGAUGUAAACCACAAUGAGUUCGAAGAUAGAGCUUCAUUCGGGAUCAAUGCCGUAGAUGAAAAUGUAACAUUUCCGUCUCAGCUUUUGUCUCACGAAUGGAUGGACCAUGGUACCCAUGUAGCCGGCAUCGUGGCCUCCAAGACAUAUGGUGUUGCCAAAAAGACCAAGAUAGUAUCUGUUAACGUAGCUCAAUGGAAUGACGUCAAAAAUCGGUCUGUGAUAGAAAUUGAUGACGUCAUGGAAGCGCUAGAAUGGGUACGUAAUCAUCACAAAGGAAGAAAAAAUGCAGGAAAGGGAGCAAAAUCUGUUAUCAAUUUGUCUCUUGGUAGAGGAAACCGAUCGGACGCAAACUUAAAGAGGGCUGUAGAGGCUGUUGUAGAUAGUGGAGUAAGCAUUGUUGUUGCUGCAGGGAAUGACGGAGAGGAUGCAUGUGGAGCAUUCACACCAGUGGGUGACAGUAAAGUGAUAUCAGUCGGUUGCAGUGACAUCAAAGAUCAGUUUUGUACAUUUUCUAACCACGGAAAAUGUGUCGACAUUGUAGCUCCCGGUCUACAGAUUCCUUCAACUUUACCAAACAACACGAUUGGCAUUAAAAACGGCACAUCCAUGAGCGCACCGCACGUCACUGGCGUGAUUGCUCGUUACCUUGCCAACGGCGAUUCCUCUACAUUACCGGUGCAGGUCAAGAACUGGUUACUUAGCAACGCUUUGAAUAAUGAGAUCCAUUUCACGGAAAAAGAAGGAAACGGUACCCCCAAUCGUUUAGUGUAUAUGCAACCCGAUGAAGGACACUUCACCACGGCAAAUCCUACGACUGCAAUAGUGCUGGGGAUCUUAAUAAUUGUGUUCAUUGUAACCAUGGUGACAUGUACCGUUCUUAAAAGAAAGAACAUGUUGCCAUGCGAUAAAACGGCAGAUUAUUCUGUAUUCUAAUUAUACCCACUUGUUGAUCAUAUUAAAGCACUGGCGACACUUGGCGUGAACACUAGCGAAUCAGUAACUGUAAACCUAUGCUUUUUAAUCCAUUUUGACAACUUUGUAAAUAAUUGAUAUUGUUCGUAAAUGUUCGUUCACUGAAAUGAUGCGUUAUGAAGCUUUUAAGACACGCCACAGGCAUAUUGUUCGUGAUAAAAUCAGUUCUGUUCUUUUUUCUGAAAUAUAGGCCUAUCUUAUACAUGAAAAUGUUUAUCAAGAAAUAAAUUCCAAUAUUCAAGAACGAAACUAUUUAGUACCGGCCUGAAGUAACGUAGGUUUUUAUGUUAUCUGUCUACAUGUAUGUCUAUAUCUAUUACUGACCGUAGCUUUAUUUUUCGUUACCAAAUUCGAUUUAUAUAUUUGGCUGUUAAUCUAUUAUGCAGUUAAUCCAGUAUGCAGUUAAUCAUUUAUGCUUCCAUUUCUUUCUAAAACAGUCUCUCUAUGACAGAUAA